AGGCUUUGCUGAGAGAGCUCAGUUGUCCCGUCCUCCCAGCAGCCUCCACUUCACUUCUAUUCACCUUCUCAUCAUGUUUGCUAAGUUUUGCUUCACUUUGCUGGCUCUGUGCUCUCUAGCUGCUGCAUCUGAUCAAGGCUGCGAGGAACUGAUUAAACCUCUGGAGGACCGAAGCAAGAUUUAUGGAAAAUGGGUAUUACAUGCAGGAGCAUCAGACAGUGAAAAGAACCUGAAGGCAAAGAAAAUUGUGAACAGCUCCUGGAUUAAACUCUCUUCAAUACCUGAUACAGAGGAAUUCAGUAUGGCCUACAUUGACAAAAUUGAAGGAAAAUGUGUUUGUGGAACCGUUAAUAGCAGCACUACAGGAAACGCUACAAAGGUGAUCUUUUAUUACAACUCCACCACAUAUGAGCACAUUGGGCGGUUUUUGGAGACGUGUGAUGACUGCAUCCUGUGGACAGACGAGGCAGUGGCCGAGGUGAACGGGGAGACUACUAAAAGCAAAAAUAUCUACAUCUUCACAAAGACUGGAAAACUGGAUCCUGCUGAUCUCGAGGUUUUCAAGAAGCAGGCAAAGUGUCUCAACCUCUUACCUGAGCUCUAUUUUCUGGAAACCACAGGCUUGUGUCCUGAAGAAAAUGAACCUACCACUGCUCCCACAGAGGAAAACACUGAGGAACAAUAGAAGAAAUGCAAAUUAUCAUCUUCAUCCUGUACCUGCUGUUCCUGAACUCUUUGGACUUAAUCAGCAUUCAGAUAUGAUUUCUUAGUCAACACCAUGAACUAUAACUUGUUGUACUUGUUUGGAAAUAAACUAUGUAGUCUGCUGC